UAGAGAUUUAAAACAUUAUAGGAAAGGGCCACAAGUGAGUGCGUCUUUGAAGGAGAAGAAGGUGGGGGUGAGAGAGAGAGAAGACUUCAACUAUGGAUAGUCUGAUUAGGAACAAAGGCGUAUUUCGGGUGUCAGUGUGUGGACAAGAUGAGGUUGAACAUCUCUCUAGAGAGAGUAGCCAUUACAGUCUAUCCACCGGCAUACUUCCUUCGCUUGGUGCCCGAAGUAACCGUAGGGUCAAGCUCAGGAGUUCCAUCGUUUCUCCUUAUGAUCGCCGUUACAGGGUAUGGGAGACUUUUUUGAUUAUUCUGGUAGUCUACACAGCUUGGGUAUCACCCUUUGAAUUUGGAUUCAUUAGAAAACCAGAAGCACCACUCUCCAUUAUUGAUAACGUUGUUAAUGGAUUCUUUGCCUUGGAUAUUGUCCUUACCUUCUUUGUUGCAUACCUUGAUAAAGCUACCUAUCUACUCAUUGAUGAUCCAAAGAAGAUUGCUUGGAAAUAUGCUAGUUCCUGGUUGGCUUUUGAUAUUAUAUCCACAAUACCAUCUGAAUUAGCUCAAAAGUUCUUCCCUAGGCGACUGCACUCUUAUGGCUUAUUUAAUAUGCUUCGCCUUUGGCGUCUCCGUAGAGUUAGUGCCUUGUUUUCCAGAUUGGAGAAGGACAAGAACUACAACUACUUUUGGGUUCGAUGUGCUAAACUUGUUUGUGUUACACUUUUUGCCGUUCAUUGUGCCGGAUGCUUCUAUUAUCUUAUAGCUGCACAGUAUCAUGAUCCGGAAAGAACAUGGAUUGGAGCAUCUCUGGGAGAAAAUUUCCACGAACAGAGCUUGUCUAUUCGAUAUGUGACAUCGAUGUACUGGUCCAUCACUACACUGACUACUGUUGGCUAUGGGGAUUUGCAUCCUGUGAAUACUAGGGAGAUGAUAUUUGACAUUUUCUACAUGCUUUUCAACCUCGGAUUGACAGCAUAUUUGAUUGGUAACAUGACAAACUUGGUUGUCCAUGGAACCAGUCGAACUAGAAGAUUUAGGGAUACCAUUCAAGCUGCCACAAGUUUUGCUCAAAGAAAUCAAUUGCCUCCCCGCCUACAAGAUCAGAUGCUUGCACAUUUAUGUCUGAAGUUCAGGACAGAUUCGGAGGGGCUGCAGCAGCAAGAGACUCUCGACGCCCUUCCCAAAGCCAUCCGAUCAAGCAUUUCACAUUAUCUUUUCUACUCUCUUAUGGAUAAGGUGUACUUGUUUCGUGGCGUUUCUAAUGACUUACUUUUUCAGCUGGUAUCAGAGAUGAAAGCUGAAUAUUUUCCUCCAAAAGAAGACAUUAUCCUGCAGAAUGAAGCACCUACAGAUUUCUACAUCCUUGUCACCGGUGCUGUGGAUCUAGUGAUUCUAAAAAAUGGAGUAGAACAGGUUGUUGGAGAGGCAAAUACAGGUGAUAUCUGUGGUGAGAUAGGUGUACUUUGUUAUAGACCGCAGCUCUUCACGAUACGCACAAAACGAUUGUGCCAACUACUACGUCUAAACCGUACUACAUUCCUUAAUAUCAUUCAGGCCAAUGUUGGAGAUGGGACCAUAAUCAUGAAUAAUCUCCUUCAGCAUUUGAAAGACAUGAAUGAUCCAAUUAUGCAAGGAGUCUUAAUUGAAACGGAAAACAUGCUAGCUCGUGGGAGAAUGGAUCUACCUCUCAAUCUUUGCUUCGCGGCACUCCGGGGAGAUGAUCUGUUGUUGCAUCAGCUAUUGAAAAGGGGGCUUGACCCUAAUGAGUCAGACAACAGCGGAAGAACAGCUCUGCAUAUAGCAGCAUCGAAAGGAAGUGAGAACUGUGUUCUUCUUUUGCUGGAUUAUGGUGCAGAUCCUAACAGCAAAGAUUCGGAAGGAAGUGUCCCACUAUGGGAAGCAAUGUUAGCUGGCCAUGAUAAAGUGGCCCAACUGCUGAAGGAUAACGGGGGGAACAUCAAUGCUGGAGAUGUAGGCCACUUUGCGUGCACUGCUGCCGAGCAGAAUAACUUAUACUUGCUCAAGGAAAUUGUUCGUUAUGGGGGCGACGUCACAUGCCCGAGGAACAAUGGUUACACAGCUCUUCAUGUUGCUGUUUGUGAAGACAACAUUGAAAUAGUCAAGUUCCUUUUGGAACAAGGUGCUGACAUCGACCAACCUGAUGUUCAUCAUUGGACCCCAAGGGAUUUAGCUGAGCAACAAGGACAUGAAGAAAUAAAGAUGAUAUUUGAAUCAAGUAAAGAAAAGAAACCCCAAUCUGUCAUGCCGGUUCCAGAGAAGCAGCAAACACGUUAUCUUGGGAGGUUUACUAGCGAGCCGGUCAUUCUGCCUGCAGAAACCACGGAAACAGAUGGAUCCUGGAGCCAAUCCCGUCCGAGGCGUAGGACUAGUAACUUCCACAACUCUCUGUUUGGGGUAAUGUCAUCUGCACGCAACGUGGAGAGUGAUUUACUGCUGUCAGUUAAUCAACCCAAGGCUGUGAAGCAUUCUGUUGUUAACUCUGCUAGAGUGGUAAUUAGUUGCCCGGAAAAGGGAGAAACCACCGGAAAACUCAUUCUACUUCCGGGGAGCUUUCAGGAGCUACUUGACAUUGGUGCUAAGAAAUUUGGGAUCUUUGGUGCUAAAAUUAUGUGCUAUGGAGCUGAAAUUGAUGAUGUUGAGGUGAUUACAGAUGGUGAUCAUCUUGUUUUUGUUAGUGAUGGUGAAAUGCUACAAGAGACCAACAACCAAAGCUCCUAAUACGAUGCGUUUUCAUAGACCAUAGCUGCACUUUCUUCUUCCAAAUUCCAUCUUAUAUUAUCCUGGUUGGGUUUGAGUACCGGACAUAGAUUUGUCCAACAGAGGUAUAUUCAAAAUUUUGCAUGUUCUUUUCAUAUAUUCAAAGGAUUAUCCUCUCAACCAUGUCCUAACAUGUAUAAAAUAAUCCAAGUGAGGGAUACAAAUACUUGGGGGGAAAAAAUGAAAAAUUCAGGAAACAUGGGGUUCCACUGGGCGGAGCUUGAGCGCUACUUUGCAAUAAUAUUUAUAAACAUUUUACAUUUUUCAAAUUUAGAAUCUGAAGAAUCUGAGCUUAUCCUUGGUGCGUGCAUUGGAUAAGGUUUUUUAAUUUGUGAACAUAUCCAUGCUAUGUAAAGAUGUGUAGCUUGGUUCAGCCUCCAUUACAUUAUUUGAACAAUUAUAUUACAUUUUCAGGUUGUACCUUCUUGGAUGCUAAUGCUAAUGCUAAUCCAGAAGCUUUUUAUAUA